AUGCUCGUCGGCAUCCUUCUGACGCCUCUCUCGGCUGUUCUCGCUCCUGGCGACACCGUCACCGUUCUUGGCGCAUCGGGCAACGUUGGAAAGCUCGUCGCGCUACGGCUCGCCGACACGUUCAAGGUGCGUGGGGUGGUGCGAGAUGCGGCACGGGCCCGCGCCUUCCUGGGCGACAAGGUCUCGCUGUACGAGGCGGAUCUACGCGGCGACGACGUGACGGCUGCGCUCGCACCGGCGCUGGAGGGAGCGCAGGGCCUGGUCGUGUGCACGGGGACGACGGCGUUCCCGACGCAGGCGUGGUCGCCGAGCGGGCGCGAGGGCGUCUCGCUGCCGGUGCUCAGGGCGCUCUUCGACGCGCGCGAGGCGGGUGGGCUCGGCGCGGUGGUCGAGGCUGCGAUCGCGAGCCUGAGCGCGUCUGGCUUCAACACUCCGACAGUGGUGGACGAGGUCGGAAACUACAAGAUCCUUGAGGCGUGGGAGGCGGCAGCCGGCGCGUCGCGCAAGCGGCUGGUCCUGCUCUCGUCGGUGGGCGUGCAGCGGCGGGCCGAGAUGCCGUACCCAAUCCUCAACGCUUGCGGCGUCCUCGACGCCAAGGCGGCCGCUGAGGCCGCGAUCGUCGCAGACGCGGCAGGCGCGGGCUACGCGUACACCUUCGUGCGGCCGGGACAGCUCUUUGGGGGGCCGUACGACAACAACUACUACCUCGGCACGCUCUUCCAGCUCGACAAGGACGCCGAGACGCGCGAGGUGCUGCUCGGCAAGGGCGACGUGACGCUCAACGACGACCCGCAGCUUGGCACCCUUCGCUCCACGCUCGCGGAGGUGAUCGCGCAGACGCUCGAGUGCGGCGCCGGCGAGAACGCCGACUUCACGUGCGUCAACGCCAAGGGCGAGUUUCCCGAGCCGGUGGUGCUGCGCGAGCGGCUGGCGGCCCUGUGA